AUGGUGGCCGCUCUUCCGGGAGAAACGGCCAUUUCGGCCAAGCGUGCUCAGCUCUCCGGCAAGCAUGGCUUCAAGGGUUUACUGAGUAACAAGAAGACGACGGGUAUCGGUUUGUUCGCUUCGCUGGGUGGUCUGGUGUAUGGAUACAACCAGGGAAUGUUCGCCCAGGUUUUGACAAUGCCCGCGUUUCAGGCAGCUACCCAAGGGUACGCGGCAAAGACCAGUAUCCAGCAGGGAAUGCUGACUUCGAUUCUCGAGCUUGGUGCCUGGGUGGGAACACUGGCGAAUGGAUAUCUCGCUGAUGCGCUUGGUCGUCGAUUGACAGUCCUAGUCGCUGUAGCGGUUUUCUGUGUGGGCGUCAUCGUUCAAGCCUGCACCGAGAACAAAGACUUUGUCUUUGGAGGUCGAUUCGUAACUGGUUUGGGUGUAGGUAGUCUGAGUAUGGUCGUACCGCUGUACAAUGCAGAAUUAGCACCACCGGAAAUCCGAGGCUCCCUCGUCGCCGUCCAGCAACUCGCAAUUACAUUUGGUAUCAUGGUCAGCUUUUGGAUUGGCUACGGAACAAAUUACAUUGGCGGAACUGGUGCGACACAAUCGGAUGCUGCAUGGCUAAUCCCAGUCUGUAUUCAAAUCCUACCAGCUAUCGUCCUGGCUGUUGGUAUGAUGAUGUUCAUGCCCCAGUCCCCGCGUCACCUCAUGAAUACCGGCCGUGAGGAAGAAUGCCUUGCUACCCUGGCCCGUCUGCGUAACGCACCCCCAGACGAUAUGCUUGUUCAGAUUGAGUUCCUCGAAAUGAAGAGCUUGUACCUCUUUGAACGGCAAACGGCUGCCGAGAAGUACCCCGACUGGCAAGAUGAUUCGUUUUCCAGCCGGUUCAAGGUCGGAUUCUAUGAUUAUCUAUCGUUGGUUACCAACAAAUCACUUUUCAAGCGCACCGCAACGGCUUGCAUGAUUAUGGUAUUCCAACAAUGGAAUGGCAUCAACGCAAUUAACUACUACGCACCAUACAUCUUCAAGGAUAUGCAGCUCGGCGGAAACACUAUUUCGCUCCUUGCCACCGGUGUAGUUGGCAUUGUCGAGUUCCUCUUCACCAUUCCUGCAGUUCUCUGGGUUGACCAGAUUGGACGUAAGAAGAUUUUGAUUGCGGGUGCGAUCGGAAUGGCAUCAUGUCACUUCAUUGUCGCAGGUAUCAUUGGUGCCUACCAAGGAACUUUCGAGGAGCACAAAGCCGCGGGUUGGGUUGCCAUUGUGUUUGUUUGGAUUUUCGUCAUUAACUUUGCCUACUCCUGGGGACCCGUUGCGUGGAUUGUUACAUCGGAGGUAUUUCCGCUCAGCAUGCGUGCUAAGGGUGUCAGUCUAGGUGGUAGUAGUAACUGGUUGAACAACUUCGCAGUCGGCACUGCUACAUCGCCUUUCCUCCAAACCAGCAAUUUUGGUGCCUUCAUCUUUUUCGGAUGCAUUACGACAAUCGCAGUGUUCUAUGUUAUCUUCCUUGUUCCUGAAACAAAAGGUCGUACUCUCGAAGAAAUGGAUGAAUUAUUCGGAUCGACCGGUUUGGCAGCCGCUGAUAGUGAACGCAAGCAUCGCAUUGAAAGGGAGAUUGGUCUUCUUGCCCUUGUUGGCGCUGAACCUUCAGAUGAAAAGCACGGUGAGAGCAACGUUGAGUUCUCAAAGCAUGAAGAAGGUGUGGCGAAACCCAUUGUAUGA